UAUUCUGGAGGAGAUUUCUUGAACUACUGUAAACAUUGGAUAACUUUCUUACCAACAGAACUGCCGUAGUCAUAUAUUGAAAUUUGGUCCCAAAGUAGACAGCAGUAAAGUUCACAUUUUUGACGGCGUAUUAUUAUAGAACGUUAUAGAACUUUCAGAAUUUCAGAAUGUGCAGAAGUUCAAAGGUUCAGAAUGUAAAGCUCACUAGACCCAUGUAGGUCGCGGUGUAAGGGCCGUGAAGGCUUACCCCUCAUACAUUCAUUCAGUUAUUCAUACAGAAUGUUGGUCAUAGAUGUAAUCAUUCUGUGUGCAAUUGCGCGAGUUAACAUUGGAUGAAACUUGUCCAUGGGUCGAAUUAGGCUGAAUUAGGUUACCAGUGGUCGAAGUGUUACCGUAAUUUUGUGCUAAUUUAAGGUAGCGAUAGGUUGGAUAUCGUGUGUUUAGUGUACUGUUUUUAAAACGAAAGGAGGGACAAGUAUGUAAAAACAGAGUUUAAUAAUAAUAUAUUAUAAAUGAAUUGUGAUGUGCAGGGCAUUAUCACGGUAACAGCGGAACAAAGUACAAUUUAAGGUUAGAAUGGAGGCUCGUGCUAGUUGAUGCGGUGACCUUUUGUCUGUGGUUUGUUAGGUUUCUACACCUUUUAACUCCGCCGCAACUAUAACUACUGUCCCAAGAUUUGAAAGGUGCAGUUAAUUUGGUACAGUUAUGACAGAACAGUUGUCUGGUGUGACAGUUGUCAUUAUCAUAGCAUGUGGUGUGCUUACUUUCAUUUUGUUUUUUCUUUUUGCCAAGAGACAAAUAAUGAGAUUUGCUCUACGAUCAAGGCGUGGACCACACGUUCCAAUAGGACAUGGAACAAAGAAAUCAUUGAAGAGAGAGGUUGAUCGAAGAAUAGAUGUUAUUCCACGUAUUGUAUAUGAGCCACAACUAAUAAAUGACAGUGAAUCUCGUUACAUUUUACAACCUGGCUCACAGUUGCCACCCCAUUACUUCAGGUUGAAAGCAGUUGAUGAUGUAAAACAACUAGAGCGAGAAAUUACAAAGCAGGACAGUUGCUUACUUCGCCAUCCUUCUGAAAAUCUCCGAGCAUACCUACUUAUGACACUAGCAGCACCACUUAAUGGCCUAGGUCAGAAACUUGUUCACCAAUUUUGUGACCUGUAUGAGCAUGCUCGGCAUGAUCCCAGUGAAUUUGGGGAUGAGGAGUAUCAGGUUUACUCCAAACUGCUUUUGAAACUGCUGGAUGCGGCAAAGCUGCUGAAAUCAUAUCCUAACAGCCGAAAGUCAAGCCCAAGUCGAACCCCUCUUAAAAGGGGCCAAGAAAAGUACCGCAGCUUUUUGGAAGCCAGACUGAGACCAGACGGGAAAUUAGCAGAUGAUGAGGUGCUAUGUGUGAAUGAGAAAGAUACAAGACCAGCUACUUUGUCAGUAUCUGUUGAUGAAAGUAAUGAGACUUCUGUUUGACAAGUGGAGAGAGUUUGUGGUUUGGACACAACGCUUAA